AUGAACAACAUGAAAUCUCCUUCACUCCCAUUGCUAACAAGAUUGAAGCUUUUGCUAUUGCAUCUGAUCGAAUAUAUCAGUUCACGCUCCGACGGCACUAUCAACCGCCGCCUCUUCAACCUCUUCCACCUCAAAACCUCCGCACCAGCCAAAAAAUGCAUUAACAAUGUCCAUGUCUCCACUUCCGACGUCGUGAUCGACCCUUCCCGCAAUCUCUGGCUCCGCCUCUUCACCCCUGCACGCGCCACCGGCCCGCUCCCCCUUAUAGUGUACUUCCACGGAGGAGGAUUCAAUAAGUACGGCCCCGACACCGUGUAUUUUGACGACAUGUGCAGCCAUCUGGCUGCACGACUCCUUGCUGUCGUUGCAUCCGUAAACUACCGCAUUGCGCCCGAGCACAGAAGGUAUCCCAGCCAAUACGAGGACGGCUUUGAUGCCCUCAAAUUCAUCGAUCAACGACACAAUGACUUCAUAUAUGUAAACACUGACGUCAGAAAAUGUUUCAUCGGCGGAGACAGCGCAGGGGCCAACAUAGCCCAUCACGUGACGGUUAGAGCAGCUGAACAGGCCGAUCAGUUUAGUCAACUAAGAAUCGCCGGCAUGUUGGCGCUGCAGCCUUUUUUUGGAGGCGAGGAACGGACGGAUUCAGAGCUGAGGCUGACGAAGGUGCCGGUGCUGAGUGUCCACGCAACGGAUGCGUAUUGGAGGGAAUUUCUGCCGGAGGGUGCGGACAGGAACCACCCUGCGGCUCAUGUGUUUGCCAGCGGAGAUGAACAAUUUAGGAAUCUUGAUUUUCCGGCGAGUUUGGUGGUUGUGGGAGGGAAUGAUCCGCUGCAGGAUUGGGACAGGAGAUAUGUGGAGUGGUUGAAGGGUUGCGGGAAGCGAGUGGUGGUGGCUGAAUAUCCGUAUGCGUUUCAUGGAUUUUAUGCAUUCCCGGAAUUGCCCGAGUUUAAAUUGCUCGUUGAUGACGUGAUGGAUUUCAUCCGGGAACAGGUCAACUCAAGUUGAAUUUGGUCGAUCUGUGAUGUGGAUGCACAUAUAUAUGUAGGAGAAAAGAGAUUUCGUGCGCACAUAAAAUAUGUAGUAUAUCAGAAUGUAAGAGAAUAUUAUUUGUAUCAUGUAUUUUGAAUGAGAGAAUAAUGUUAGUUAAUAGGAGUACUUUAUACAUCUAAUAUGAAGCUCACCUUUCACAAUUGUUAAACUGCAUAG